AUGUGUCUGGCGACCAUAAGCCUAUGUACUGGUGGUAGGACGCAGCAACCCUACCUUUUCUCAGGAUCAUCGGAGGGUACUUUGAGAGCAUGGGAAAUACGCUGUGAGAAGGAGAUCGGAUAUUUAAGAGAAGAUACAAGUGGCGUAACAAGUGUGGUAUGGACGGGGGAUGGUAGGAUGAUGGUAGCUGCAGGGUCAUCGAAGGGCAAAGUGAGAGCAUGGGAGGGAGACAGCGGGAAGGAGAUCGGAUGCUUCGAGGGACAUACGGGAGUUCUUACGAUCGUGUCUUGGACGAGGGAUGGAAAGAUGAUCGCAGCUGGAUCAUCGGACGGCUCUGUGAGGGUGUGGGAGACAAGCAGCGGGAAGGAGUUGAGAUGCUUUCAAGAUGUUAAGAGACGAUUCUCACACCUCGCUUGGUCCAAGGAUGGUAGUAUGCUUGCGUCCAAGUUAUCAAACGGCACCGCAAGGGUAUGGGAGAUCAGCAGCGGUGAGGAGAUGAGAUAUUCUGCAAAGAAUUCUGUGAUUGUUACAAGCGUGUCAUGGUCGGAGGACAGCAGGUUCAUCGCCGCAGGGUCAAAAGAUUGGACAGUGAGAGUGUGGGAGGUAAGAAGCAGCGAGCAGGUGCAAUGCUUCAAGGGUCACGGGGAGCAAGCGACCUGUGUGGUGUGGUCGCGAGACGGAAGUAUGCUCGCGUCAGGGUCAGAGGACAUGACGGCGAGGGUGUGGGAGAUGAGCAGCGGGAGGAGGGUGAGCUGCUGUACGGGACACAAAGGACGGGUGACAUGCGUUGCCUGGUCGGAGAACGGGAGAUUUCUUGCUUCAGGCUCGUCUGACUGCACGGUGAGGGUAUGGGAGGCGAGGAGCGGCAAGGAGAUCAGAUGCUUCCGAGGACACACUGACUGUAUCACGAGUGUGGUGUGGUCGGAGGACGGGAGCAUGCUUGUGUCGGGGUCAGAUGACACCACUGUGUUGGUGUGGGGAAACUUUUGA